GCUAAUAUUUACUGCUGAUCCGUUUGGAAAAUUACUAGUCCGAAUCCUUAUAAUUUAUUAGAGUUAUCUGGCUUUGUUUACGUUAGAAACAAGUCUAUGAAUUUUGUAAAAUUAUAAUAAGAAAGUGUAGGCCUAAUGGUGUAUUAACGGCUUCAUAAAUAUGAAUCAGCUACAGAGUCUGUUACAUGAUGCAUUAAUAUCAACAGAUAAUGUACAACAAUGUGCUAUCAUCAGACGCAAAGAUUUGUCAGUCAGGGCCUGUUCCGUGGGGUUACAUUUAUAUCAAGAUCAAGUUCAACUGUUGUUAGAUUUAUUUAGAAAUCCACCACAAACACGAGAAGAAGGGAUCUAUUUUGAUGACAGACAGUAUAAAUGUGUAAGAGCAGACAAAAAUUCUAUUUAUGGUAAAUGUAAUGAUAAAGGAUUAAUAUUAGUAAGGACAGCAACAUUGCUCUUGGUAGCUACUUAUACAGAGAGUAUGUAUCCUAGUGUUUGUGUUGAAGCUGUGGAGAAAUUAGCUGAUUAUUUUAAAGAGAAGGGAAAAUAAGUCAUUACCGGAUUACUUGUUUUACAUGGCAGCAGAUUUGAUGUUAUUUUAUUUGUAUUGAAUUAAUUCAAGACAGUGUUCUGUUCAUUCAACGUUUUUGAAUUAAAAUGAAAACAUAUUCAAAUGUAUUGUUAGUUGUAUUAUCAUAUUAAAAAUAUAUAUUAACAUACCAGGUGUAAUUAAACCAUUUGUUUCCAUCAA